AUGGACGUCGAAGCGGCUGAAUCGGCACCAUCCUCGUCAUCGUUUGACCUUGCAGAACAGUUAUUACGCUUGCAAGAAGAUGAUCUGGAUCUUGAAUAUGAUGUUGCUUCUUUCGACUCCGAGGCACAACAAAGUCACAUAACUCGCAUCGUCGAUGCCGUGGCCUUGUCAGCUACCUCCGUGCAGGAUGCCAAUAUAUACCAAUGCAUACUAUGCAGCAUUAAAUGCGUUGGAUCAAUGCACUCUGAUUUGUCGCAUCGGCUCUUGGAUACGCUAUUGAGUGGUAUGAAUGUCAUAUUGGACGAAAUCGCAGACAUGGAGCCGACCACUGUUGCGUCCUAUACGGAGCCACUUGAGCGAUAUGCCUUCCUUCUCAAGUGGAUGACGGAAAUGAUGGAAAAGCACAGAGAUCAGCAUGGGUCCUCUGACAAAGGCCUGAAGCGUGCAGCCGCUUCUACACGUAAAGGCGACGUAUCUUGGACGUGGACCUCUUCCCUCCCAUCUGUUCUUACCCUCAUGUCCAAGACGUUGCGCAUUGUAUCAGAACGUAUGUGGUCGUCAAAGGCGAUGCGAGAUACUUUUGUGUCUCGCUGUAUCCUGCAGCCUGUUAUGCUGUGCCAGGAAAAUGAGGCAUACCUUAAAGUACAAGUCAUCAAGCAGGGCAUGUUCAAGGUUCUGUGUCUAGCUGUGAAGCUACACGGUCAAGCCUUUCAUGUACAAACCAGCAUAUUACAAGCAUUGCAGUACUACGAGCACCUUGCUGAACCCAUGGCUGAAUUGCUCGGCGUAAUGCGCACAGACUUCGACAUCGAGCGGCUGGGCGAAGAUGUACUUCGCGACUUGGCCGCUAAAUCUUUCACGAGCCUCGACACGAAGAGCCCACGUAGUUUUGGGCGAUUCCUGGUACGAAUGACUGAACUUAAUCCACGCACUGUACUCAAGCAAAUGAGCUUGCUGGAACGGCAACAAGAGAGUGAAUCCUACCCCAUCCGCAAUGCUAUGAUCGAGGUGCAUGGUCUUCUGAUCAAGUAUCUUAGCAUGAGUGAAGAUGAUGUCGACAUCGCCCCCAAUGAGGAUGAUGAGGAUGAUGAUCGAAGUGCACCGCAAAAACAAAUGGACAUGCUGUUCGAGCGCUUGUUCGAGCGCUUCCUUGAUCUGACUACGUUUGUGCGGACCAAAGUCAUUCAAGUUUGCAGUAAAUUAUGCGACAUUCCAGCCAAGCUUCCAGCCCAGCGCCUCCGCAUGACUUCACUUGCGAUUCGGUCACUGGAGGACAAAGGUAGCCAUGUGCGUCGGAAUGCCAUCUCCCUCCUGAUCAAACUUUUGCUUACUCACCCCUACGGUGUCUUGCAUGGUGGCGAGCUCGAUGCCAGGGUGUGGACAGAGCGCCGUGAUGUGGUGCGGGCGGAGCUUGCCAGGGCCGAAGAACGUCUCGAAUUUCCUGUCACGGACGUUGAGCAGGAAGCGCCUCCGGACAAGACCAAGCCGCGUCGAUCCGACCUCGACCUCGAUGCACUUGCCGCCUCGCAACAAUCCAUGACACAGGCAGAACAAGACCAUCUCGUCAAGCUGCGGCUCACCGUGACGUACUAUGACGACGCUCUCCAUUUCGUGCACAUGGUAGAACAGGGAGUGCCGAUUCUCAUCCAGCUACUUGCGUCGACCAACAAAGCGGAGGUGUUGGAAAGCAUGGAGUUUUUCCGGGUCGCACACGAGUACAAGGUGCGUGGCGCAGCCGAUGGCGUGCGUGCGAUGGUACAUCUGAUCUGGGCGAAGGACAAUGCUCUCAUUAUGGAGGACGGCAGCCAAAUCAAGGGGGUUCGAAGCCGGCUUAUGGAGGUGUAUCGAUCGCUGUAUUUCAGUGCCUACCCCGGCCUUUCUCGCGCUGAGCAGGUCGCUCGCGUUUGCCGCAACAUGAUCGAGCGCACGUUUGGCGCAACACUCGCAGAGCUCACAAGUCUGGAGCAACUCUUUUGUCUGAUGCACGCGGAAGGUCUUGUGGAGCGUGCUGUGGUGGACAAACUGUGGGAAGUCUAUGCCAGCACGCGUCCGAUUUCACGCGCACAGCGCCGCGGCUCUAUUAUGGUUCUGAGUAUGCUGGCCAAGGCCGAGCGCGAGCUGGUGGCGGACAAAAUGGAUGUUCUUUUGCGUAUCGGUCUAGGCACCCUAGGCGCGAGAGACUUGGUGCUGUGCAAGCACACUUGCAUUGCCCUGCAGCAUGUGAGUGGGAGCGCGAAAAAGAUCAAAGGUGCUCUUAGCGACGAGAAUGUACGCUAUCCGAUGCACCACACCAUGUUCACACGCUUAAGUGCCGUGAUUGAAAUGACCACCGACGUGAUUGGGCGGCAUCCGGAAUGGUUCAGUGUGGCAGAGGCUGCCAUUGACGCCAUGUACUUGCUCGGCGAACAGCCCGAUGCCAUGUGCACAGACAUUGUGCGGCGCAUGUCGUAUGCAGCCUUCACACCGACUGGUCGUGCGGCGGAUGAUGCGUAUCGCAUGGCGCAGCUCGUAUUUGUGGUGGGCCAUAUGGGCCUCAAACAGAUGGUAUACCUCGAGCUCGUCGAACGCGAGUUCAAGCGACGCAAGUCUGUGCGAGAUGCUUCGAAUGACUCUUCGUCUAAGCGCACGUCCGAACUGGAUCAAGUGGCUGAGCAGGCCGAAGACGAUAUUGGUGAUACCAUGGCGUGGGUCCGCGAACAUGAGCUGCUAUUUGGACCGCAGAGUUUGCUGGCUUGCUACGGAACGCUCGUACCCUUCAUCUGCUCGAAUACGAGGCAGUAUCCUGACGCAUACCUGCAACGCGCUGCGGCGCUGACGCUGUGCAAGUUUAUGUGUAUCUCGUCCGAGUACUGUGAAGCGAAUCUUGGACUGCUGUUGCAUAUACUUCGUACUUCGAAGGAUGCCGUGGUACGUGCUAAUGCCGUGAUUGGCCUCGGUGAUGUCGCUGUGUGCUUCGGUACACUCGUGGACGAGAAUAGCGAGCGACUUUUUGCCGGACUGGGCGAUGCGGACUUGGGUGUGAAGAAGAACACGCUGAUGGUGCUGACGCACUUGAUUCUGAACGGUAUGAUCAAGGUGAAGGGCCAGCUGGGUGAGCUGGCCAAGUGCCUCGAAGAUGACGAGAUGCGCGUGAGCGACUUGGCGAAGCUCUUCUUCAGUGAGCUAGCCAUGAAGGAGAAUGCCGUGUACAACCAUCUACCGGACAUUAUUAGUCAUUUGUCUACGGGCGAGCAUGCCGUCGACGAGACGACGUUUAUGAAUACGAUGCGUUUCAUUUUUACCUUUAUUGACAAGGAGCGUCAGGCAGAAAAUGUGAUUGAAAAACUUUGCCAACGCUUCCGCCUGACGACGGAAGAGCGGUCGUGGCGCGACAUUGCGUAUUGUCUCUCGCUUCUACCAUAUCGGAGCGAGCGUUCCAUCAAAAAACUCGUCGACGCCCUGCCAUUUUAUCAGGAUAAGCUGUAUGUGCCUGAGGUGCACCAGCGCUUUACCGAGAUCCUGACAAAGAUGCACCAGGGUAAAGUGAGUGCGGCUGCCAAGGCCGGCGACACGGAUCUGCGAGAAUUUGAAGAUGCUCUGCAUCAGGCGGCAGCGCAGGGCACACAGGACCAAGCCAUGGAAGAGGCGACGCAUGCCCAAGCUGCCAAGUUGGAAAAGCGGCAGGCGCCUCAGACUAGGCAUCGGACACGACGUGCGCGGCAAACUCGGCCAGCGCAUCCUUAA